GUACGGUGGGGCCGAGCUGUCGUGAGGCUCGCCGGCGAGCGGUUGUGGUGUCCGCGCUGUCCGCUCCGCCGGGUGUCAUUGGGCUCCGAGGAGCGGCGCCGAGGGCACCGCGGGCGGCCUGGUGUCUGGCACGGCCAUGGCGGGCGCGCUGGUGCGGAAGGCGGCGGACUAUGUCCGGAGCAAGGACUUCCGGGACUACCUCAUGAGUACGCACUUUUGGGGCCCAGUAGCCAACUGGGGUCUUCCCAUUGCCGCCAUCAAUGACAUGAAAAAGUCUCCGGAGAUUAUCAGUGGGCGGAUGACAUUUGCCCUCUGCUGUUACUCGCUGACGUUCAUGAGAUUCGCCUACAAGGUGCAGCCUCGCAACUGGCUGCUGUUCGCCUGCCACGCCACCAACGAGGUAGCCCAGCUCACCCAGGGGGGACGGCUGCUCCGGCACGAGAUGUCUAAAAAUGCCUCAGCAUAACAAUGGAAAAUGAAGAACCGGCUUCUUGAAGGAGUGGCACUGCCAGCUGCUGCUGCGUCACAGAGUCCACCCUAGUGGAUAGUCUUGCUAAGAGAAACAUGCGGAAUGCUAUUUUUACUAACCAGACGAUUCUUCUAGAAAUAGCAGGGAGUUCCCAAACCCACUCAAGUACUGAAUGUUUUACUUCUCUUCAGAAAGCGCAGCUCACAUAUGCGAUCAAUGUAAUGAUCCCCAGUGAUGGUUCUGUCUGCAGUAAUAUGUAUGUUAUCUGUGAGAAGUUACUUAAUGAAAAACCGAAGAGAACAAAAUUUGUAACCAUCAGCAUUUAAGUACUCAGAAAUCCUGACCUUUCGUUUAAUGACCAUGAGACAGCUGGCAGCUGGCCACAUAGCUAAAAUCACAUUGCCAGUGUUUGAAAAGGUAUUUGUAUUUCCAUGCAGUGUGUAUAUUGAAAUGCUGUAAAUUAAUGGCAAUAAAUGAUUUAAAUAUUUGUCAAAUGA